AUGUGCAAAAUGGAGGAGCCGGGUGGGCUCCUGUCUCCCGUCUUGGAGGCGCGGGGAAGAAACUCGCGGACUCUUGAGCAGAGGGGCAGGCGCGGCGCGGCCGCUCCGGGCGAGGGGGCAGGGCGGGCGGGCGGCCUGGAGCGGCGCGGGCGGUGGCGGUGGCGGGCGCUGCUGCGGCGCUGCUACGCGGAGGUGCUGCCCCUGGGCGGCCUGGUGCGGCGCCUGCAAGGCGGGGCGCGGGGCCGGCCGGAGCCGCUGGUGCAGGACUGGGACCCCCCGUGCUACCGCCGCCUGGUCAGCCGGUGCGCGGUGGGGCUGCCUGCCGGCUGCCAAGCGCCCCCGGAGCAGCUCUCUUUCCAGCAGUUUUCUAGUCCACGUGAUGUGGUCGAAAGGAUCAUCCAGAGGAUUUGUGAAAAGAGCAAGAAGAACGUCCUGGCUUUUGGCUACGCCCUGUUGGAUGAGACCAAACGCCCCUUGCCUGGCAUGCCUGCCCUAUGCCGCUAUCUGCCUAACAGCACCACAGAAACCAUUUGCCAGAGCGUCCUCUGGGAAACAGUCCUGAGUAGAGUUGGGGAUGAGGUCAUGAUGUACCUGUUGGAGCACUGCGCCCUCUUCGUGCUGGUGCCUCCUAGCUGCUGCUACCAGAUCUGUGGGCAGCCUAUCUAUGAGCUGACCUCAGGGACCUCAGUGCCCUCGCCCCUGUUCCUUAGACAGAGGUAUUCUAGGCCAACCCACAAUAUUUUAUCCGGGUACCUGCAAGGGAGGCGUUGGUCUCGUCAGCAUUACCUAGGAAAGGCAAAAUGGAGGAAACACACUUCUGGAAGACCGAGAUGGGGCCCACAGGAAGGCUUGGAUGGCGACACUUUGCAUUCUCCUGGGGCUGCCCAGAACGCUACAAAGAGCAACCCAGUUACGAUGACCAGUAACUGUCUAGCAAGUCAGCCAAGACCCAGCCAGCAGUCAUCGUUUUCAACAAUGUUAUUAAAAAGGAAACGGAAGGAUUGCAGUGAAAUGAAUGCAAAGAGAAUGAAAAUCACACCAGGGAAUGAAGGGUUAGAAGAGCAAACGAGAGACCCGUAUCCCACUGAGUGCAAAAAUCAGUUGGGUGGAGAUGGUGAUAGUAACGCAGCUGGCGGGAGUACGAGGCCAUGUUUGGCAGACCAGUUAAUCCCCACGAAGUACAUUCCUCAAAAACCUGAUUAUGGAGCACGUGAUUAUGGCGCACCUUUCGUGGUUCUGAGCGGCAAGACAGUAACGCAAGGUAGUAAGACAGAAACUCUUGCGAAAUCCAGCACUGAAGCAAAGGUGGGAGCGGGCGUUCGUAGAGCAUCUCCCAUGCAGAAGGUAACGGUGAAAAAUCAUAAUACAGAAAAAUGCCUUACAAAGCACACAUCAAAUUCAGUUGGGGUGCCUUCUGACAAAAUACGCCCAGCAGGAGAAAUUAAGAUGCGCGAUCUCCUGUACUCUUGCCAGCCGCGGAAAGAGCGUUUACGUAAAUGGUUUGUGCUGAAUCGUUUAAAGCGGAACCGGGCAGGGGGACAACUGCUUGUGGAAGCAGUCUUCUUGAGCAGUCAGGCCCCGAAGCAGCCUCCUGAUCCCAGGCCCCCGAGCAGCAACCGGAGGAAGAAGAGGCUUCCCAAACGCUACUGGCAGAUGGGAGGCCUGUUCCAAGAGUUGCUGCAGAAUCAUGCCAGGUGCCCCUAUCCUGCGGUGUUAAAAAGGAAUUGCCCGGUUUGGGCUUUAGACCAAAUUGGUGUAAGAAAGCCGGGUGAGAGCUUAGCUUGGACACGGAGGGCCAGCAGUGAAGAUUGCCUCAGGGGCGCCUCGGGUGGCUUCAGUCCAUCCCCCCAAACAUCCGGCGUUUCAAGUAGAAUCCGUGAAAACAUCGAGUCUUGCCAAGAAAGCGAGGAGCCAGUCCCCGGCUGUGUCUCCAGGGCCGACGUCCUGGCACUCCUGAAGCAGAGCAGCAGCCACUGGCAAGUCUACACCUUCGUGCGGGAAUGUCUUGAGAGAGUGGUCCCCGCAGCGCUUUGGGGCUCUAACCGCAACAAAUGUCGCUUCUACAAAAAUGUGAAAAAAUUCAUCUCCCUGGGGAAGCUGGCCACGUUCUCUUUGCGGGAGUUGAUGUGGAAAAUGAGGGUGAACGAUUGUGCCUGGCUUCGCCUGACCAAAGGUAGUGGCCGCUCCAUACCUGCCACGGAGCACCGUUUUCGUGAAGAUCUCCUUUCCAGGUUCCUGUACUGGCUGAUGGACUCCUAUGUGGCAGAACUCCUCCGGUCUUUCUUCUAUAUCACAGAGACCAUGUUCCAAAAGAACUUGCUCUUUUUCUACAGAAAAGCUAUCUGGAGCAAGCUGCAGACCGUUGGAGUCAGGAGCCAUCUUGGGAAAGUGCGCCUGCGUGCCUUGUUAAAGGAGGAGAUCGAAUCCCUGCAGAAGAAGAAGUGUGUUCCCUUGGCAGCAAAGCUCCGCUUCAUCCCCAAAACGAACGGACUGCGCCCCGUGGUCAAGCUGAGUAGUGUGGUGGGAGCGGAAAACUUCUGCAAGAAGAGCAGAGACAAAAAGGUUCAGUACUUCAACACGCAACUUAAAAACUUAUUUAGCGUGCUCAAGUAUGAACACAUGAAGAAUCCCAGCUUGCUUGGUUCAUCUGUCUUUGGGAAAGAUGAUAUCUAUGCUGUGUGGAAGAAGUUUGUUCUGAAGAUUUUGGAGUCAAGUCCCCAGAUGCCUGCAUUCUAUUUUGUGAAGGCUGAUGUCACUGGCGCUUAUGAUACCAUUCCCCAUAAUAAGCUGGUGGGAGUGAUUUUGCAGAUCCUUGCGCCUGACAACAAGACUAGCUACUGUAUUCGACGUUAUGCGGUGAUCAUAAGGACAAGGAAUGGACAGAUCAGAAAAUACUACCGGAGACACGUAUCGACUGGGAAGGACUUCAUACCAGAUAUGGAACUGUUUGUGCAUCAUCUUCAAGAGAGCACCUCGCUGCGAAACGCUGUAAUAGUUGAACAGAGCAUUACUUUGAAGGAAAGACGUUCCAACCUGCGAGAGGUUUUCCUGCAGUUAAUCCAUAACAGUAUUCUGAAGAUUGAGAACAGGUACUAUGUCCAGUGCUGUGGAAUCCCCCAGGGCUCCAUUUUGUCAACUUUGUUUUGCAAUCUGUGCUACGGAGACAUGGAAAACAAGCUACUGUGUGGCGUGCAGGAAGAUGGAGUGCUGAUGCGUUUAACAGAUGACUUUUUGCUUGUGACACCACACUUGGCAAAAGCCAAAGCCUUUUUGAGGGCUUUGGCCACAGGUAUUCCUGAGUAUGGCUUCACCAUAAAUCCGGCGAAGACCAUCGUGAAUUUUCCUCUGGAUGAGGAUAUGCCAGGCUAUGCGGAGUUCAAGCAGUUACCCGCUCACAGUAUCAUCCCGUGGUGUGGCUUAUUAAUCGAUACUCAGACCCUUGAAGUUUAUUGUGAUUACUCCAGUUAUGCCGGCACGUCUAUCAGGGCCAGCCUUGCCUUCAACUGUAGCAGCAACGCUGGAGUGAGCAUGAGGAAUAAGCUCCUUGCCGUCCUGCAGCUGAAAUGCCACCACUUAUUUUUAGAUUUACAGAUCAACAGUCUUAGGACGGUCUGUAUCAACGUUUACAAGAUAUUUCUGCUGCAAGCGUACAGGUUUCAUGCCUGUGUUCUCCAGCUUCCCUUUAACCAACAAAUUAAAAAUAACCCCCGUUUCUUCCUGAGAGUCAUUGCUGAUACUGCUUCAUGCUGCUUCUCAAUCUUGAAAGCCAAAAAUGCAGGGAUUCCUUUUUCUACGACGGGUCCAUCAGCACCACUUACUUGUGAAGCGACUCAGUGGCUCUGCUAUCAUGCCUUCAGUGUCAAGCUGGGAAGUCACACAGUAAUUUACAAAUGUCUUCUAAUGCCCCUCAGGCAGUGUAAAAUACGGUUGCUCCAGAAAAUUCCAGAAGCUACCAUGCAGCUGCUCCAGAAAGUAACAGAUCCAUCACUCUGUGAAGAUUUUAAAGCCAUCCUGGAUUAACUGAUAAACCCAUCUUGAACAUCACCUUCCAUUUUAAAGUUGGAUAAAAGGUCCACACAGGUGUUCUCUUGACCUUGUCUACAGAAUAACAGAAUAUAAAUGUUGGUUUUAAAUUGUUGUUCUGUGUUCCUCAGAGGGUGAAACUUUAAACCGUUGUAGUAUUUCUUUAAAAAAAAUCAGAUGUGAUGAAGCAAGCUGGAUCCGGACUGUUAAAAGAAGAAGAAAACUUCUAGUCCUAGACCGUGUAAGCUGUGAAAUGUGUUUCCCUGGGGCAUAUUUUGUUUUGUUGUGGCAAAUAAAUCAUGAAAGCAAACACUUCUGUGCUAAAAAUUCACAAGCCUAUCUUCCGGCGUGCAUUGGUUCAUCUCUGUAGAAGUAUUGGUGUAUGUCACUUCGAUUAAAAGUGAAGCCCACCUUUGAGCUCAGAAAUCUGUAAGUAAGAGAAGAAACUCAGAUUUGACACAUGGAAGUUUUGCUGCUGCUAAGUAUGGUAAUCAAAUCACUCGUGUAUUGUAAAAAAGCUA